AUGAAACGGCACGGCAGAACACUACACCGCCAGAAAGAAAUGCUACUCCUUCGAAACCGCCUAUUCACUCUCUUUUCGCCUCCCUCUCUACGUCUGCCCACCAAAAACCCACAUCCGUUAACCCUCUCUUUCAGUAACUCGACCCGAAAAUCUCCUAACCCGAGCCCGACCCACCAUGUAUCUGCUUCAAAGACAUCGAAACCACCCCCUCCCUCAGACGCGGCCCGGUUUGUCCGUACAGUUCUUUUUGUGCCGCCGGGUGUGGACCCGGAUGAAGUGACGGAGGAGAUGAUUUUGCCCGGUUCGAAUAUCGUUGUCGGACCUUAUGCGGGUCAUGCCCAGAUUAAGGAAGUUGAGUUUGUUAAAAGUAGUGGGCGGGCCAAGGAUUGUCCAAGAGACGAGCGACCUGAGUUUGCAAUAUUGGGUCGGUCCAAUGUGGGAAAGUCUUCUCUUAUCAAUGCUCUUGUCAAAAAGAAAGAAGUUGCUCUCACUUCCAAAAAACCAGGUUUGCUUGAUGCUUCAAAAAAAUGGAAGACUCAGUUGAUAAAUCAUUUCUUGGUGAAUAAAAGUUGGUACUUUGUGGAUUUGCCUGGUUAUGGGUUUGCUAAAGCCCCAGAUUCUGCUCGAAUGGACUGGUCCUCAUUUACGAAAGGCUACUUUUUGAACAGAGAAACUCUUGUAGCUGUCCUACUUCUCAUUGAUGCUAGUGUCCCGCCUCAAAAGAUUGACCUGGAUUGUGCUAAUUGGCUUGGACGCAACAAUAUACCAAUGACUUUAGUUUUCACGAAGUGUGACAAAAUGAAGGGGGGAAAGAAAACAAGGCCCGAUGAGAAUAUCAAGAAUUUUCAAGAGUUAAUCAGGCAAAACUAUCGGGUACAUCCUGCGUGGAUCAUGACUAGUAGUGUCACUGGUUUGGGCAGAGAUGAGCUUCUCCUACACAUGUCCCAGCUAAGAAACUACUGGGAUCAGUAA